UUGUUGGUGUCGUGCUUGGUGUCGUGGGUGUUGUAGGAGUUGUAGGUGUCGUGCUGGGUGUCGUGGGCGUUGUUGGUGUCGUGCUUGGGGUUGUAGGUGUCGUGGGCGUUGUUGGUGUCGUGCUGGGCGUCGUGGGUGUUGUAGGAGUUGUAUUUGGUGUUGUUGGUGUCGUGCUGGGUGUCGUGGGUGUUGUAGUUGUUGUAGGUGUCGUGCUGGGCGUCGAAGGUGUUGUAGGAGUUGUACUUGGUGUUGUUGGUGUCGUGCUGGGCGUCGUGGGCGUUGUUGGUGUCGUGCUUGGGGUUGUUGGUGUCGUACUAGGUGUUGAAGGUGUCGUGGGUGUCGUUGGAGGAUCUGUUUCAAUUGUUCCAACUCCUUGAGACAAUAGUAUUACAAGGAAAAGAUUUAUAAUUACUUUCAUGAUCAAAUUUCUUAAAUUUUUAUUUUAGGUUUCGAGCAAACAUUUUUACAUAAUUAUUUCUCUAUUAAUUUAUUUAAUUGCUAAUGAUGUGAAAUUCUGAUUUAGCUCUACUUUGUACCACCUCUAUUCUUUACCUUGUACCCGUUGUUUGCCGAUAAACCAUCUCAUCUCCGACUAGUCGACUUGUUUUUGCUUUUUCCUAGGCUGGGAGGAAACCUAGCCUGCCUUACAUUAAAUACCCACAUAACCCCACAAUACCUAAUUUUCUAAAUAUGGGGUUGGUUAAAAUUUCUCUCAGUCUCCACCUAUUUAUAUUUGUGUGGGCAUCACAGUUUUUAAAUCCAAAUAAAAUUUUAAAAAAUCCAAGGAAAACAGCCAAGUAAACAAUUCUCUUUUUUAUUAAAUAACAUAAAGUACAUCAUCUCCAUUUUAAUUUUUUAAGUAUUUAUUUACGUAAGAAUUAGAAAAAAACAUCCUCAAAACCCUCCCUUAAUAUUUAAAAAUCUAAAUUUAAACUUUUUAUUUACACAAAUGUUUAGUUCAUUUCUGUCAGUGAGCCAAAAUUUGAUUUUUAUAAAAAAAUAAUUUUAUAUUUUAAUUAAAUUUUUUAAUUAAAUUUGAUUUUUUAAAAUUUCUUCUUUUACGAUAAUGUAAAUUUAUUCGAUGUUUACAACAAUCUGAGUUUUUAAAAAUGGUUUUCCCAAUAACAGGAGAAGCUUUUGAAAUAAAUGAAAGAAAAUGGAAUUUUUAAUUUCAUAAUUAUUAGGCACCCUAAAUUUCCUAAAAUUAAUUUCCCUUGUCCCCAUUACAAAGUACAUAGAUAUGAAAUAUUAAAUUAUCCGACAUCUAAAAUAAUGGAAAUAAAUUUAAUCAAAAUUUUAAAUGAAGUCAAAAAAUAUUGAAAAUAUCAAAACAGGUAUAUUUAAAUAUCAUCCCCAUCGCCGUCUUCCUUUCCAACCAUUUUGUCCUCCACAUCCAUAUUUUCUGCUCCAAUUGAAUUUUCUUCUCCAUCCAGAAUAGCCAUAACCAUCACCACCUCCAUUACCCCAGCUCCCAGGCCAGUAACGAAUUCUUCGAUCACUUUAAUAUUUU